AUGAUUAUUAUUGAUUUUUUGUAUAUUGUAGGAAUAGGUGGGGCAUCGUUGGCAGAAUAUUUCUUCGAUUUACAGAGAAGUUACCAAGUAUAUAUGAUGUUAUCAUCAUUGGGUGUUUUAAGCAUAUGGUUUGGUUGGCGUUUCAAGAGAAGAAACCUUAGGAACGAUCGGAUUGAAUUGCUUAUACUGUUGCUUAUUGGCAAUUCAUUAAGAACCGUAAGUUCUACACAUAUCAGUGAGAUGUAUUUUGCAUUAUUCUCAAAAAGGUUGCUUUAUAUCAUUCCAAUCUAGAAUCAUGAGCAUCCUAAAAAAAUGUUUCUUUGUCUGCCAUUCAUAGCUAUAGUAGUUAGUGCCAAAUUAGAAUUCAAUUAUGAAUAUACUUUAAUUGGUUAUGCAUUCAUUCUGUUGGUUUGGUUGUCAAUUAAUCAUUCUGCAGAAAGAGUCCGUCAGGUUUCAAAGAAUCAUAGUUAUUCUAAAACAUGGAUCAAUCCAUCAGAUAGUUUGAUAAUAAAUUAGAAUGAUAAAUAUGAUCUUGUAAUAACACGUUUAGGUAAAAUAAUAAGUCAAACAUCUGAAUAGUAGAAACUAUUUGGUACUGAUGAUCCUGUCAUGAUUUAAUAAAUACUUAAGGAUAUUAAUAUACAUAAGCUUGACAAAUAAUACAAGAAAUAUAAAAUUACAACUCUUUUAUAAUUAAUAGAAUCUACAGAUCUUAUUAAAUGUAAAGUAUUAGAUUGUUCUACCCCAUUUGGAGAUAAUUAUAUGAUUGAAUUAAAUAUUUUUAAUGAUAAUGUAGGUUUAAGAUUUUAUGAUAUGUUUGAAUUAAGAGAUUAUUGGGAAAGGAAAGUUACUAAAUAACUUAUGAAUUAACUGUUUCGUAGUUUUAGUCAUGAAUUCAGUACUUCAUUAAAUUGUAUAAGAAUUCUAGCAGAAAAUGCUAUUGAAGAUAUAGAUGAUGAUUAUAUUGUGAAUACUUGUAUCUAACCCAUUUUGAAUUCUUGUUACAUUCUCAAUUCAAUAGUUUAAGAUGUUAGAGAUUUCAGUUUGAUCUUGUCUAAGAACUUCAUACUCACUAUUUAAAUUUAAAAUAUUUAUUUACUUAUUCAUGAAGUAUCUGAAUUAUAUCGAUAACAACUUAAUAUGAAAGGUGUAUAAUUAAAUGUUAAAAUGAAUGAAUUCUAAAUUCAUACAGAUGGAUAAAGAUUCAAAUAGGUACUUAAUAAUCUAUUGUCUAAUGCUUAAAAAUUUACAUUCUCUGGUAGUGUUACUAUUGAUGUUUAAGAAUAAAUCAUUCAUGAUUAAUAAUUUAUUAAAGUUACUGUCUAAGAUACAGGUUCUGGAAUGGAUUAAAAUACUUAGAAUCGAUUAUAAGAGUUUCUAAAACAACCACAUAAACGAAAAUCUAAUCUUAAUUUUGGUUUAGGUUUAAUGAUAAGUAAUACUAUUUGUAAUGGUUUAUCUCCUAAUUAUGAAUCUGGUAUACAUUUUCAAUCCAAUAAUAAGACUGGCUCUUUAUUUUGGUUCUACCUUGAGGAUCUCAAAAUAAUAGAUUUACCUGAUGUUGUUAGCAGAAGGACUAUCAAAUAUAAUAAAAUACAUAGUUCAGGUAGAAGUUUUUUAGAAUAAAGUUUUAUCAUUAGUCCUAGUGAUAAAAAAAGAUAAUCAUCUUUUACAUUCUCAUUAAAAGGGAAAUAAAAGUUAAUUGAUAAAUAAUCAGAAAGUAUUCUUAUUUAUUCUUAUACUCAAAGAUUUAUCUGAACCAGAUGAUUUCAUUUGUGCACCUUAUGUUUUUAGAGAAGGACCAAAGAAACCUAAAAAAUAAAAAUAUUCUAUUGAUUAAGUUGUCAGUGAAUAUACAGAUGAUAGAGCUAAAAUACUUAUUGUUGAUGAUGAAUUUGUAAAUAUCUAUGCACUUACUACAAUGCUUUCAAGAUUAAAUAUUAAAUGUGAUUCAGCACAUAAUGGUAAAGAAGGAUUAGAUAAAUUUAAAUAAUAAUAUUAUCAAGUAAUCCUUAUGGAUAUUGAAAUGCCUAUUAUGAAUGGAAUAUAAGCCACUUAAUAAAUACUCGAAUUUUGUCAUUCAGCAGAUUUAGAUCCUCCCAUUAUUAUUGCUUAAACUGCUUAUACUGAUAUGUAAACAAAAUAAAUGUGUAAUGAAGUGGGUAUGGAUUAUUUCUUGUAAAAACCAAUUAGUACAAAUGAAAUUAAAUAAAUUCUAUAAACUAUUUAGUUAACUUUAUGA